GUCAGUCAGCCACGCCUGCGCCAUAAAGCCUAGGGGCGGGCCCAGCCGGCGGUGGGAGGCGGGGAAAAGCGACGAAACCAGCAGCGACGCCAUUUGCUGCUGCCGAGCGUGGACGCCGGCGGAUCUGUUAAGACCUAGGUCGCGAGCCUCUCCCGCGCACGCUGCCUGUACUCCAGCACCUGCUUCAUCCUGCGCGCUCUCUCGUGUCGCCCCUUGGAGCAGCAGCCGCCGCCGCCGCGACCGCCGCCACCCGGAAAGAAGUCAGAGACGCCGCGAGGUCGCUGCCACCGCCAUGCCCAAGAAUAAAGGUAAAGGAGGUAAAAAUAGACGUAGAGGUAAGAAUGAGAAUGAAUCUGAAAAAAGAGAACUGGUGUUCAAAGAAGAUGGUCAGGAGUAUGCUCAGGUGAUCAAAAUGUUGGGAAAUGGACGGCUAGAAGCAAUGUGCUUCGAUGGUGUAAAGAGGUUAUGUCACAUCAGAGGAAAAUUGAGAAAAAAGGUUUGGAUAAAUACCUCCGACAUAAUAUUGGUUGGUCUCCGAGACUACCAGGAUAACAAAGCUGAUGUAAUUUUAAAAUACAAUGCAGACGAAGCUAGAAGUCUGAAGGCAUAUGGCGAGCUUCCAGAGCAUGCUAAAAUCAAUGAAACUGAUACAUUUGGUCCGGGAGAUGAUGAUGAAAUUCAAUUUGAUGACAUUGGAGAUGAUGAUGAAGACAUUGAUGACAUCUAAAAUGAACUCAAGAUUUUACAUUCCAUCUUUUCUGAAGAUUGUCCAACAAUUUGGAUUUUGGCCAUGACAAAGAAGAUUAAAAUUUCAUUAGCAUGAAUACAGUUUGUUAAAACAGACUGAUUUGUUCCUAAGGUAUUUUUAUUUCUUUUAAAACUGGUAAUGCUGAAUUAUCUUAAGUGAGAUGUUAAGCCCACUUUGCUCUUUUAAUAUAGUGGAGCUUAUGGGUAGAAGACCACGUCUACUAUUUAAAAAUAAAAAAUAAAAAAAUAGAUUGCUGCUUUUCCUACCACUUCCAAUAAGAAAAUGGAUGUUUUAAAUAAAUAAUUUGCCUUGUCCUCAUUAUGAAAUAUGAUUAAGCCUGGCCUCUUGAUUGUAUAGAGUCAUUGUGUAUAUUCCAAUUACCUAGGUAUUCCCUUAAGAUUUUGUUACAAUUUGAGGGAGGCAGAAAUCUGAAUUUGAAGUAAAAAAUAAGUCUUGUCAUAUUUAAGUAGCCUGUGGCUAUUUUUAUACUGAUUUUGAUAUCAUGUGUUCUUUUCAUAAUCGUAUUUUGCCACCAUAAUCAUAUCAAAAAAAAUGCAUUUCCAAAAUGCAGUUUUCAGAACUUGGGUUUUAAUAGCAAUUUUGAAUUUGUAAGCUUAGCAGUUACAGAAAUUGAACACUAGGUGGCACUCAGUUAUCUAAACCUGUGAAAGUACUGAUAAAAUUGUUUACUUUUCUUUUACGAUGUGUAAGAAAUAACCCAAACAUGAAAAGAUUGUUUUGAUCAUAUGCACGUAUGUAGAAUAUUUUUACAGAGCGGAAAGAUUGUUAAAAGUGUGAUUUUUAUUUUCAGAAGUCAUAUACAUGUAAGCUACAAUUUUGAGUGCUUUAUAAACACUUCAGAUAUAUAAAUGAAAUUUUAAUUUCAUAACAACUUGUAAAAAUAAAAAAAUUUGUUGAAAACUCUUUUUCAACAUAUCCCUAAGCUAGGGGAAGAGGAGGGAAUAACAACUCAAUGAAAAAAUGGUCUCCAAUUUCUGAAUGGAAAAGCUACAGCUGAGAAAUAAAAUAAAAUGUCAUGGUGCAGAAUAUGUUAUACCCUUAUUUUUAUUAUGUGAACAGUUUUUGUUUUUUGUUUUUGUUUUUUGCUUGUAUUGGGAACUGGGUUUACUGGUAACUUCCUUAUUUCGUUUUUAUUUAUCAACUAUAAUAAAAUGAAACUAGGGCUGAGCUAGUUAGCCCUUACUAACCAAACUGAAAUCAUAUGCAACAUUAAAAGAAGAGUCCAUCAUGUAGCUUGUGGCACUUUCAUUCUAUUAGUCCCCAGGGAACUUUUCAGUGAUGAAAAGUAAUACACAGGGGAAUACCUUCACAUGGCUUCAAAAGGAAAACAAGCAAAUCUUCUCUAAUGUACUCUUACUAUAAUUUCCCAACUACAAACUCUGGAUUCAAAAAUCUGAGGUACUAUAAAACAUUAAGUUGAAGAAUAGAAAUUAAGAGUGCAUAUUCAUGGUUUAUAUUUCCUAUUCUAUGGAGUUCCUGAACACAUCUAGAUAGAAUGCAUCUGAGACUAAGGGCUGGUUUUUAAUCCCUGUGAGAAACCAACCUUGAAGAAUUAACAGUUGUCUCCAUCCAUAUUCUAAACCUCCUAAGAUAUUUAGGUUUCUGUAUAUAAAAGUGUUUUUGCUAAGUUUACAGUAUGUAUAGAUCCUGUCAUAUUAUUUUACUAAGAAUGUUUGAACUUGGCAUCAUAUGUGAAUAUAGUUCCUGGUAGGAAUAGCACAGCUCAAACAUUAAUUUUUCUAUUUACCUCCUUUAACACAUGUGGUUUGUCUGAAGAGUUUCUAAAAAUUCAGCUAUAACCCCUGUUCAUGUAUUUGCUGGUGAUUGUUCUUGCCAAGGUAGUAACAGCCCAAUUGGGCUGUUACAUCCUAGGAAAUCUCGAAUCAUAAUGAUUAAAAUAGUUGGGGUAAAGUUGUAGCUUAUAUGCAGUACUACUUGGAGGAAUCCUUUCGCUAAUUUGUAUUUAAUGUGGAAGUUGUAUCGUUUCAUUGACGUAAUCAUAAAUAAUGGAAGUGGUCUUUAAGAAGUUUUAUUUUUCUUUCUUUCUUUCUUUUUUUUUUUUUUUGCUUAUACUCUGAUUCCUGUAAUACAAUGCUAUAAGCUAUGCACAGAAAGAAAAUAAAAUGUUUAAAAUCCAAGAAAAUGGUUCUUACUGCUAAGAGGGCAUAAUAGUUAUUACUAAUGAUUUUGCUGGGGUUGCAUUUUUGAUGCAAUGUUUAUUCCACUUGCAGUUAGAAUAUGAAUAUGUUUUAUCAAUAAUGAGGCUAAAUAACCAAACAUUUGUGU